CAGGCCCUAAGAGAAGAACCGAGCUUUGGUCUGGAAAACAAGAUGAGAGGUGUUGAAGAUAGAACUGUAGAUGCAAUAGCCAUGUCUCAUCUGCCACUGCUACUGCUACUGCUACUUCUUCCUCUGAGAGAGUAAUUUUGCUUUGCGCCUGGUUGUCCAACACCGAAAUGCGGGUCCAGGUUGGUUAAGUGAUUUUGGCCCACUGUACUGGUCCAGGCCCACCCUGCAGUCCGCAAUUUUAGCCCGCUGUACUGAAGCACAAGUUGGGCUGGACUGAAUAUGAGUUGGGCCAGCCAAGUUGCAAAAUAGAUAUGGGACACGUGACGUGGACGGUGGAACCGUGGAACACCGAGUCUCGCCGCUGACCAUCGAUUCAAGUUCAACUAUACCAGAUCUUUCCUGAGUUCUCUCGGACGCGGAGUCCUUCCGUUCCGCUACAAAAUCAAACGCCUUCAUCAUUCUAUUCUUCCAGAAGGAUCGUAAGAUCGAGGGAUUUAUUCUUCUAUAAAUACGGACUCUGUUUAUUUGAUCUGAAGAUUUUCCUUCGUUCCAAAUCUUCCGAGUGACACACAAUUCCAAAUCUUCCUUAUCUGUCUGACUGUCUCUCUUUCUAGGGUUUGUUUUCGUAGCAAUGGCCAAAGAAGGACCGACUUGGGAAGGCUUGCUGAAGUGGAGUCUCGCCUCUGAUGGAACUCGUCCCCCACGCAAUUUGAGCGAGGAAGACCGAAAAUGGUUUAUGGAAGCUAUGCAGUCACAGACCAUUGAUAUUAUUAAACGAAUGAAAGAGAUAACUCUUGUAAUGCAAAUUCCCGAGCAAGUCUUGGAGUCUGAAGGUGUUGCUGCAGUAGACAUAGAAGAUAUGUUAGAUGAACUGCAAGAGCAUGUUGAAUCCAUUGACAUGGCUAAUGAUCUUCAUUCAAUAGGUGGUUUAGUACCUCUUCUAGGUUACUUGAAAAACUCCCAUGCUGGCAUCCAAGCAAAGGCUGCAGAGGUUGUAACCACCCUUGUUCAGAACAACCCCAGGAGUCAGCAACUUGUAAUGGAGGCAAAUGGUCUGGAACCUCUCCUCCAUAAUUUCACGUCAGAUUCUGACAUAACUGUUCGGACCAAAGCACUUGGUGCAAUAUCAUCUCUUAUACGACACAAUAAACCUGGGAUUUCUGCAUUUCGUCUAGCAAAUGGUUAUGCAGAACUGAGGGAGGCAUUGGGAUCAGAAAAUGUCAGAUUUCAACGGAAGGCACUCAACCUGAUCCAGUACCUUCUACACGAAAAUAGUUCUGAUUGCAGCGUGGUUACAGAAUUAGGAUUUCCCCGCCUGAUGAUACACUUAGCAUCAAGUGGUCAUCCAGAUGUACGAGAAGCUGCACUUAGGGGCCUUCUGGAACUUGUCCAAGACAGAAAAGGUGAAAGCAGAAGCGUUUUGACCGAACAUGGUGAGAAGCUAAAGCAAAUUCUCCAGGAUUGGAUAAAAGGUAUCAUCUUCAUGGCCUCCGAUAUCGCUGGGGGCGCCAGGGAGGAAAUGCAGCUUGCUGACUCCCUGUGGAACGCCUGUUAUAAUGAGCCAUCUCCUCUCCGAGAGAAAGGUUUACUUGUUCUGCCGGGAGAAGAUGCACCCCCACCUGAUGUUGCCAGCAAGUUUUUUGAACCUCCGCUGAGAGCCUGCGCUGCUGAUAGAGACCCAACCAGCAAAAAGAAAGAACCUUUGCUAUUGAGGGCGGGUCCGAGCACAGGUGGUGAUGCAAGUACUGAUACCUAAAAAUGGGGAAAGCAAAUUCAAGAAAUUAGAGCUACAAAUGGUAUGUAUCCGUUUUGUCCAAAUUCAAAUUGGAAUCCAUUUUGAUUAUGGCGAUCCCAAUUUGAUCCCGUUUAAUUGGAUCAAUAUAGAUCUUAGACAAUCCGAUUGAGGCGAUUGAUCUGAUAAUUUUCAAAUGUAUAAGUUUGUAAUAGUUGGCUUGUUUACUGAAGAGCCAUGGAUUUUAGUCAGGAGAAGUUAUUUUGAAGUCACGAAUAUGCUAUACAAUGUUAAAUUAUUAUUAUUUUUUUCAUUCUAUGCAAUAUUUUAUGUCCUUUUCAGU